AAGAUUCGACUGCACAUGAAACACUUGUAACGAUUAGUUAUUACCAUCGUUACUAAAAUAUUUAUUCCAAUAGUAACUAGGUAUGCAACCAACUUUACAGACAAUUGUAUUGAAAGUUGCAGUUGAUCGACGACAAAAUUGGUAACUUUUGGGGAAUUCAGAACCUAGAAGUUGGUUUGUGUGUCGAUACGGCUUCCGGCUGACGUGAUUGUCAUUGAAGAAGGGGCUAUUCGUCACUUCAAUCUCGGCUGUUGUUGAAAGCAGACCCAUCAGCCAUCACGCCAGUGGCCAUUACAGAGAAUAUAAAAUUUUAGUUGAAAUGUUUGAAUAGAAUAUACGUUUACGUGGGAAGAAGUUGUUUUGUUCUUGGUUGUUAAGUGGUUUUGAAAAGAAGAGGUUUUUUUUGUUUUCCAACACCUUUUUGAAGAGUAAUGGCCACUGGUGGAGAUCAAGAUUAAGUCAAUCUUUUUUUUGGGAUAUGGAAUAAAUAGAGGAUCAUUUUGAGUUCUUUUGGCAUUGGAUGGAUUUUAUUUUUUGUUUUUUUGGAGAUAGACAGUUUUCCCGGUGCUAGGAAGUACCUCCUUGUCGCACCACAUCGUCGUACCUUCUGGUUGGUGAGAAGUACUCCCCCUAAGGUAGAGGAAACCUGGAAUAUACCUUACUUGGCUCUCCCGCAUCAACUUAACCGGAGUUUGGAGAAGCCACAGGCCUACUUUUUGUAGAAACGACAGGUUUUAUUAUUAAAAUUUACAUUUUCAAUUCUUUUACAUAACAUAUUUCAACUUUAACAUUUUUAAUAACAUAUAUAAUCUUAAUAAUCAUAUAAAUUCAUUUUUCUAAAAUCAAUUAACGUAAUCAUAAUCAAUAUUUUUCUUUUCCACAACUUUUAUAUGUCAUUUUCAUUAUUGUAUUUGUAUUCUAUUUUAUUUAAAAUAGUCCGGAGAUCAUAACCUAUCUGGUAAGAUACUGUGCACACUAUCUCGGUUAUUAUCACAAUAUAUCAGUAUUGUCCGGUGUAUCAUUCCGAUCAGAUGUGGGAUUGUCAACCAAUAUUGUAAUCCUCCUUAAUAAUAAGUUUUUGUACACACAUAUUUAGAUCCAUUAACUGUCUUGGUAUAAUAAAUUCAAUAUAUUUGCUUUUCUCUACUGUAAUAUCUGUGUAAUAGACAGGAGCGUACUAGCCUAGUACGUCAGGUGGUUAGCUAGUUUGUAUAAAAUUGUAUAUAGGGGUUAUAGGUAUUUUUUUUUUCAUUAAAUUUGUUGGUUGUACAUACUUAUAUGUUUUAUUAUCCUACCUUUUUAGUAGUAUUAGUUAGGUACAGCAAUAUAGGUCACGUGGAGAGCAAUAUAUUCUAUUCUUUCCUGGCGCUCAACACUACUUCUGAAUAUCUUCUUGGUCAAUAGUUCUUUUCUUGUCAUUACUCCUUAUAUUAAGUUAUUUUCUUUAUCAUUCAAGGAUUUCAGUAGGUACCGUCUUACUAGGGCGUGCAAAUACGGCCUGAUCCUUCCCUGAGCCCUACUGUUUAGUCUCUUCAAUUUCCAGCUAGCCUAUUUUGAGUAAACUUCCAUAAAUAAGUAAUUACCCUUUAAAGCUAGAUCUAUUCUGCCACAACACAACCUCAUUUUUGUUACAAUUGACGCUCGCCAACGUGGAGCCCGAUUUUCAGUAAGACAGUACCUUUCUUUAUUUUGUUGCUUAGUGUAAAUUUUUCUAGUAAGUAUCUUUCUGGUUCAUUGUUGUAUAUUUUGUAAUUAUAUAGAGAUACAUUUUUGAUUCCUUUUGUACGUUAUUUAGAAAAUACAUUAGUGCACUUGUAUUGCUGUAUUGGUACUAUUUUAAUUUAUUUAAAAUAAUAAUUGUAAAUCGUGAGUAGGAUAAUAUGUGAACAGGUAUAUUGGUUGGCAUUUCGGUCUGGUCGGUUUGGUGAUACCUGGAUAUUUAUUUUGAAAAAUUUUGAAUGAUUUAUUUUUUUUGAUAUCUAGGUACAUUACUACUUUUGAUUUAGGUGCAGCCACAAUAUACUACAGUUAGCUAAAUUUUUGCUUACCAUACCUAUAUAUAAUUUAUAAAGUUUUCAUUUUUUUAUAUGCAUUUUCGUUUAAACAUUUACUUAAAUUAUUUUAAAUAUCUACCCCAAAUAUAUAUCUCGGUUAUAUUUGGUUUGUCGGUUUGUUAGGUCGUUAGUUUAGCAGCUCGUCGGUUGAGCAGCUCGCUUAGUAGAUUGUCGGUUAAUUGGGUCGUUAGUUUGUUGGGGUGGGUUCGGUUUGUCGUUGUUGGGUUGGGUUUAUUGUUACUAAUUCUUUCAUUAUCACCAUGUGUACCUUUCAGCCAGAACAUUUGUUAGUUAAGGAGUUAGAUUAUGAGCUGAGGAUAAGGGAAAUAGAGGUUGAAGAAGCCGCUAAAUGUGAUAGAAAACGCAGUCUAUUGCGUGGUGCUCUUAAACAGGAGCAAGGAAAUAGGAGUUUCCGUCAGAUUUCAGCUGCAGCUAUUCCUUUCCUGGAACAACAACAGGGAAUAAAUGAGACACUAGAGGAUCUUACGCAAAAGAUAAAUAAUUUUAGAGGGACUGUUCAUGAUAGCAUGUAUUCUAGAUACAUUUCACGUCUUGCUCAUAUCUCUGGUCGUGUCCACUUAUUAUGUUGCUCAGAUGAGGAGCAACAACUUUACAAACGCUCUAUGUCCAUUAGGAUUCUCAGUCUAGAAGGUGAACUCGAUUCUCGAGUAAAUCCUCUAGCCACGUCCACUCCUGUUUCUUCAGUUCAAGCCUCUAAUUCCUUGUUACAUCCCAAGCCUGUGCAGGUACAUAAGUGGGGAGUUUCGUUUUCUGGUGAAGGUCAUUAUGACCAAGUAAUUUCAUUUUUAGAUAGGGUAGAAUGUCUUCGUGUUUCGAGAGGUGUGAGUGAGGAAGAUCUUUUUUCAGCUUCUGCAGAAUUAUUUACUGGCCAUGCUUUUACGUGGUUUAUGAACAACCGUGGUAGCUUUACCACUUGGACUGAUUUGGCUCAGAAACUGAAAUCUGACUUUCUACCGUAUUCUUUCCAGACUGAUCUCUUAGACGAGAUCAAGAACCACAAGCAGAAACCUGGAGAAUCAGUGACCAUGUUUAUCAAUACUAUGUUAGGCAUGUGUAGUCGAUUAGACACUCCUUUAACGGAUAGUUCGAAAAUCAAAAUAAUUCUAAAAUGUUUGCUACCUUUUUACCAUGCCCAAUUAGCACUGGUUGAUAUAGCCAGUAUAGAAGACCUCACAGAAAAAUGUAAACGCUUAGAGGAAACUCUAUCUUGGUCUCUUAAUUCCCCUACCACUUCGCAAUUCAAUUCUGGUCCUGUUGGUUUUAAUUCUCAACCCUCAAGAAAUCGUUCUUGGCAAUCUAGACCCCAUACACCGAAUGUGUCUGUGACUACUUCUUCUUUUUCAUGCUGGAAUUGUCGGGAAGCUAAUCACGCAUUUCGUGAUUGUACCAGACCCCAAACGCGGAUUUUUUGCCACGGUUGUGGUAGAGACAACACAUUAAAACGUAACUGUUUUAAGUGUUCGGGAAACGAGCAUGUAGAGGCUCGUACCCUGAGCGUUCCUCAAACAGCAGCACCAUCAGGGAACAUGACCGCAGCUGUAGACGAAGCUUCAGGUCCAAUACCCGCCAGCAGCUCGAACACCUCUCAGGAAGGAAGAAACACUUCCAACCGGAGACCAGCACGCAAACCGAAAUCCGGGAAAAAGUAAUUGUUAGUAACACUUCAGUUGACUCGUACGGUUCGCUUGAUCGUAGAUUAUCCCCUCCAGUCUUAAACUGGAAUUUUAGUAAUAAGCAUAAUCGAGACAAGGAAACAGUUCCAAAUUCUAUACAAGGUUGUACGUUUGUAAAUAAUAAUAAUAUGUCUAUGUUAAUACCAGAUAAUUUUGAAAAUAAAUCAGAUAUUUUGGAU